AUGUUCCUUCUGAUGACCCUCUUUUUGUUCCUGCACAUAUCUUCUUCUUUAGGGAGGGAAGAAAAGUUCCCCUGCUUUGAGCAAAUCAACCCAUGAGUUCACAGAGAUGGAGACCUGGUCAUUGGUGGAUUUUUCCCUCUAUACUUGAUGGCAGUGAAGAGUUUCACAGGAGCUGAGCAUCCACACAAGGCUUGUAAUCCACACCAGUGGCUGCACAAAAAUUACCAGCAGGUCCUGGCCCUGAUGUUUGCUGUGGAGGAGAUCAACAGAAACCCCCGGCUGCUCCCUAAUACUACCCUGGGAUUUCCCAUCUACAACACCUACCAUAGUGAUGCCAGGACCUUGGAGAGCUCCCUGAGGCGGCUCUCAGGACAGGGCCAGACCACCCCGAAUUAUAGUUGUGAGAGGCAGGACAAGUCCAUGGCUGUUAUUGGAGGAGCCACAUCUGCUAUUUCUGUCCAGAUGGGGAUCCUUUUAGAGCUCUACAGAUUCCCACAGAUAAGCUAUGGCCCAUUUGAUCUUGCCCUGAGUGACAAGGCCCAGUUUCCUUCCCUCUACCAGAUGGCCCAUCAGGACUUCUCCUUGCAACUGGGCAUUGUCCAGCUGCUGUUACAUUUUGACUGGAAUUGGGUGGGACUGGUUGUCCCAGAUGACAUGAGAGGUGAGAAGUUUCUCUGGGACAUGGAAGGAGAGAUGAGAAGGAGCGAAGCCUGUGUGGCCUUCACGGAGAAGAUCCCUGUCAGUGAGAGGCGCCAUGCUGAACCCCAGAUGUCUUUCAUGCCCAGAAUUGUGGCAUCACCAGUCAAGCUGAUCAUCAUCCAUGGUGAUACAGACCCACUGAUGAUCCUGAGAUAUUCACAGCCACCAUUGUUUGUAAUUUGGAAGGUUUGGAUUAUCACGUCACACUGGGAUGUUACCAUGAGACUCUACAAUCACAAUGGUGUUGCUUUUCAUGGAGCUCUCAUAUUUUCACAUCAGACAAAUGAGAUUCCUGGUUUCAAAGCACUUCUCGGAACAGUCAGCCCAGCCACAUACCCAGGAGACAUUUUCCUUAAGGGUUUCUGGGUCUCAGCAUUUGAGUGCCCAGAUGAGCCGACCAAACUGGAGCAGGAAGACUGUUCACUGAACGCUUCAUUGGAGACGCUGCCCUUGCACUAUUUUGACACGACCACGUCCAGCCUCAGUUACUUCCUCUAUAAUGCUGUGUAUGCCAUAGCCUGGGCCCUUCGUGAAAUGUUCCAAGCUAGAUCAGAAAUGGGAUCUGUGGGAGAUGAAGGGUACCUGGUGCCACAACCCUGGCAGCUUCGCUCAUCUUUGAAGAAUAUUCACUUUAACAACACUGCUGGGAACCAGGUGGUUUUGGAUGAGGAAAAGAAUCCUGUGGCUAAAUAUGAUAUCAUGAACCUUGGGAUGCUGGCUACUUAUGAUGAAGUUCUGGUGAAAGGGGGGCAGUUUGACCCCCAGGCUCCACUUGGUCAAGAUUUCACCAUUUGUGAGAAGGAGAUACAUUAUAAACAGGACAUGGACAAUUGUGUGAAGUGCCCAGAAGAUCAAUAUCCAAACCUCCCAAAGGUAGUAACCUUCCUCCAUGUCCAAGAACCUUUGGGAUGGACUCUGACCUGCAUGGCUCUCUGCUUCUCUCUCCUCACAGUCCUCACCCUUAUUAUCUUUGUGAAGCAUCAAGAUACUCCCAUCAUCAAAGCCAAUAACCAGGUUCUCAGCUACACACUUCUCAUCUCUCUCAUCUUUUGCUUCCUCUGUUCUUUGCUUUUCAUUGGUCGUCCUACUACAGCAACCUGCCUUCUUCAGCAAACAAUAUUUGGAGUCGUGUUCACAGUGGCAGUUUCUUCUAUUUUGGCCAAAACCAUUAUGGUGUUUCUGGCUUUUAAGGCCACAAGACCAGGCAGCAGGAUGAGAAUGUGGGUGCAGCCUAAAGUCCAAGUCAUUCUCUGUGGGCUCUGGUUGGGGACCUCACCUCCCUUCUUAGGUACAGACAUUCACUCUGAAUCUGACCACAUCAUCAUUGAGUGUAAGGAGGGCUCUGUCAUUGCCUUCUACUGUGUCCUGGGCUACAUUGGGAUCCUAGCCCUGGGCAGCUUCAUGGUGGCUUUCCUGGUCAGGAACCUUCCCGACACCUUUAAUGAAGCCAAGUUCAUCACCUUUAGCCUGCUGGUCUUCUGCAGUGUGUGGGUUUCUUUCCUCCCCACAUACCAGAGUUCCAAGGGGAAGGCCAUGGUGGCCAUGAAGAUCUUCGCCAUCUUGGCCUCUAGUGCUGGGUUACUGGGCUGCAUCUUUAUUCCCAAGUGCUAUGUGAUCCUGCUAAGGCCAGAAAGGAACACACUAGAAAGGUUAAGGAAUAAAGCAGGUUCUAGAGCCAGGAACUUUGCCCCAGAGGCUCUUCCAGGGGCAUGAGAAAUACUGGAUAAAACAUCUACAUUAGCCAUAAAUAGCUAUAAUUUAAUAUCUUGGUGAUACUGCCCCUUCCCUGGCUGCACUAGUUAAGUCCUCCUCCUCACUUUUCCCACUGCUCUUAAUGGAAUAUUAACCUUCAGAUU